AUGGGGAAAAUUGGCUUCCUCUUCCCUCUUAUGGUUCUGCUCCUAUUGCCUCCUUUUGGGGCUACUUUAUCUGCCGGUUCACCCAACAUCAGCACUGACCAAUUGGCUCUUCUUGUACUAAAAUCCCAUGUCACUUACGACCCUCGAAACUUCUUGGCAUCCAACUGGUCUACUUCUGCCUCUGUUUGCAAUUGGAUUGGGGUCACUUGCGGAUCAAGACACCAGAGAGUCACUGCUCUGAAUUUUUCAGCAAUGAGUCUUACAGGCAGCUUUCCACCUCACUUGGGAAAUCUUUCUUUCCUAGCUUGGCUCGACAUUCACAAUAAUAGUUUCCAAGGCUCGUUACCCAUUGAGUUAGCUAAUUUGCGUAGGCUGAAAUAUUUGAACUUUGCUAACAAUAGCUUCAGUGGGGAAUUCCCGUCAUGGUUUGGUUCCUUCACUCAACUUCAGUCGUUGUAUUUGGAUGGCAACAACUUCACAGGCGUUAUCCCAUCUACUCUGGGCAAUUUGUCAAAACUAGAAAUAUUGAUCUUGGAUUACAAUAAUUUGAAAGGGCCGAUACCUGCAGCAGUUGGAAAUCUUUCAAACUUGAAAUGGUCAUCUACCGUCGGGAAUAUUUGA